CUCGGAAACAAACGCCUUUCCUGCUAACCUAAGCCACGGGGGUGCAUCACCUCUUUUAAUCCCUUCACCCGUACACCACGCCGACCACCAUGCCCUUAAACCUUCUCAAACUCACCUCUUCUAUCUCCGUUCACCACCAUCACCACCAUCACCACCGCCAUAAAUGGCUACGUCGGGCAAUUACCACCGGGAAAUCUAGGCCACUACCUGCGACGUGCUUGGGCUGGUGCAGGGUAACAGAGUUUGCUCCCCAAGUUUAUGUUAUCAAUAACAACGAUAAUAACAGACUAGGGUUUCGUGGUCCGACAAGUAUCAGAUUUUAUUCUUUGAAUAAAGGAGGAAAAGCGUUUGGUGGUGGAAACGCGAGUAUGGAAUCGGUAAGCAGUGAUAACAGAGAUGAAAAAUCGACACCAGAAAGUGAGCACGACUCCUCUGUCAUGCCUGCAUUGCCGUCGCAUGAUCGCCGGCACCAAAGACCUCCUCCGUCUCAUCAAAAUUCAUCCACUAAAUUGCUAACAUUGCCUACGAUCUUAACCAUCGCUCGCGUCGCCGCCGUUCCCCUUCUGAUUAGCACUUUUUAUAUGAACAGUUGGUUAGGAACAACUGCUACUACUAGUAUUUUCAUUGCUGCAGCAAUUACAGAUUGGCUCGAUGGGUAUCUCGCAAGAAGAAUGAACUUAGGAACUGCAUUUGGUGCAUUUUUAGAUCCGGUGGCUGAUAAGCUUAUGGUUGCUGCUACGUUGGUCUUGUUGUGUACAAGACCUCCAGAAGCUGCAAUGUUUGGGCAGCUACCAUGGUUAUUGACUGUACCAUCGAUUGCAAUAAUUGGCAGAGAGAUAACAAUGUCUGCAGUUAGAGAAUGGGCUGCUUCUCAAGGGAGCAAACUUUCAGAGGCGGUAGCUGUAAAUAAUUUGGGGAAAUGGAAAACAGCAACACAGAUGAGUUCAUUAACGAUUCUUCUUGUGAUUAGAGACAGCAGUUUUAGAGAAGUAGGGUUUGCAUGGGCAGCGGCGGGCGUUGGUUUGCUUUACGUAUCAGGCGGGUUAGCUGUGUGGUCAUUGGUGGUGUAUAUGAAGAAGAUAUGGAAAGUAAUGCUCAUGUAACAGCUACCAACUUCAACAUUCUUGAAAGAAACCCAAAAGCUGCUGCCUGUUUCUUUAAUUUUAUAACCAUAUGUUGUGUUAGUUUGUUGAGAUUCUUAUUAAAUUGGUUUGGAUCAUAAGAAACAAUUUUUGUGGUUCACAGCAUAUCUAAUAUGUUAUUGAUGUGUGUGUAAUAGAAUAUGUUUAUGGUA